GGGGCGGAUAAAGGCGGCGGCGGCGGCGGGCGGUGGCAGAGCGGGCCCGGGGCGGCGGCAUGGCCCGGGGCGCGCUCCGCCUGCUGCUCUGCUGUGCCUCUGCCCUGCUUGCUGCAGAGACAGGACAUGGCGUCGAUGCUAACAGCACAGUGUCUCUAAGCAGCUCAGGGACAACUGUGUCACCAUCUCCAUCCAGCUCAGCCGCAGCCACCAGCUCGGGGAUACCCAGUGUGUCUCCAUUCGUCUCUGGCUCCAGGGUGGCCAGUACGUCUUCAUUCAGCCUGGCCACAGCGUCAUCUCCAUCCAGCGAAGCAAGCACAGCGGCACCUACACCACCUCCUUCCAGUCCAGCCACAGCACCGUCUCUGUCCGGGACACCAGGCUUAGCGGUGUCUAUGACACCUUUGUCCAACACAGCUCCAACAUUGGCUCCAACAGCACCGACAUCUUCAUCCAGCCCAGCCACAGCAUCAUUUACCUCCAGGAUAACAGGAUCAUCAGCACCUCUGACAUCUCCAUCCAACACGACCAUGGCACCACCUCCAUCCAGCACAGCAGGCUCGGCAGCAGCGACAUCUCCAUCCAGCAGGACCACAGCACCCUCUCCAUCCAGCACAGCAGGCUCGGCAGCAGCGACAUCUCCAUCCAGCAGGACCACGGCACCCUCUCCAUCCAGCACAGCAGGCUCAGCAGCAGCAACAUCUCCAUCCAACAUGACCAUGGCACCACCUCUGUCCCACCCAGCUACGGGGCGUCCAUCCAGCUCGACGGCAGCGCCAGCCCCAUCCUCACCUGGGCCUUCCGGGUCCCCUCCUGCUCCCAGUUCGCCAGUGCCCACGGUGAGCCCGGGUCCCAGCAGCACCUUGGCUGCCAGCUCCAGAACGACACUGGCCAUUGGCACCAUCACCACGGCCAGCAGCUCAGCGCAGCCCCUUGCCAAGCCCAGCCCUGCCGCGGUUGUCAUCAUCUGCCUCUUCGUCUGCGUGCUGGUGGGGGGAGCAGCGGUGCUGCUGGUGUGGCUGUGCCGGCGCAGGACCCCCCGCUUCCGCCACCUGGACGAGGUGCCCAUGGUGCGUGGAGGGCCAGGGAGCAAUGGGGGGUCACAGCACCGGGCUGCAGGCGCUGAGCCCCCCCCCUCUCUUCCCUAGAGUAAGGUGACGGAGGGGUCCCCCGUCACCCACCACGCACCCAGGUGACCUCCCCGCCAUGGCCCCAUGGGCUGCCCACGCUGCUGAAUAAAGAAGCUGCUGC